AUGACGAUGAAUUUGAAUUCAAGAAUAGCUAUCAUCGGAGGUGGUAUCAGCGGCCUGGCGGCGGCGAAGCAGUUGCUGCCAUUCGAGCCGGUGCUAUUCGAAGCAACCGACUCGAUCGGCGGCGUUUGGAAGCACUGUUCCUAUCGGUCGACGAGGCUACAGACACCGCGACCAGACUACGAGUUCUCGGACUACCCGUGGAAUAACCGGGCUGAUCCGAGCUUCCCAACCCAUAUAGAGAUUAUGGAUUAUCUUCAUGGCUACGCCACCGCCUUCGGUUUGUGGCCUCUCAUACGCUUAAAGUCUAAGGUUGUGGAGAUAAGGUAUCUUGGUGACCGGGAGAAGGCCGGUUUCACGGCUCAAUGGGGAGAGGAUGGACGGCCACUAGCUAGUCAACCAGUUUGGGAACUUGGGGUCUCGGCUGACGACUCUAAUACCAUUGAGUGGUGCAACUUUGAAUUUGUGGUGAUGUGCAUCGGAAAAUAUGGAGACACGCCAAAGUUGCCUGUGUUUCCGAAUGGGAAGGGAGAGGAUGUAUUUAAAGGGAGGGUGAUGCAUUCAUUGGAUUACUGUAAACUUGAUGAAGAAGAAGCCACCAAGUUGAUGAAGGGAAAGAAGGUUGUGGUGGUUGGUUACAAGAAGUCCGCCAUUGAUUUGGCUACUGAAUGUGCGCAAGUAAACAAAGGGGCAGGUGGUCAACCAUGCACGAUGGUGAUAAGGACAUUGCACUGGACGGUUCCUUCAUACUCCAUAUGGGGCCUACCAUUUUUCUUAUUUUACUCAACUAGGCUGUCUCAGUUCUUGCAUCCAAGGCCAAAUCAAGGCUUGCUCAGAUCUCUCCUCUGCCAUAUCUCAACUCCACUGAGGAAAGGUGUCUCCAAAUUCAUAGAAUCAUAUCUAACUUGGAAGCUUCCACUGAACAAAUACGGGCUGAGGCCUAAUCAUCCCUUCGAAGAGGACUACGCUUCAUGCCAGAUGGCCAUAUUGCCGGACAAUUUCUUCCCCGAGGCCGAGGAGGGAAGGAUUAAGUUUGAGAAAUCUGAAAAAUGGUGGUUUUGGGAAGGAGGAGUUGUUUUGGAAGACGGGAGAAAGCUGGAAGCUGAUAUCGUCUUCCUCGCCACCGGUUUCGACGGCAAGAAGAAGCUUCGACUGGUUCUCCCGGAGCCCUUCUCCGGCCUUAUAGAGGACUCCUCUGGCGUCAUGCCUCUCUACAGGGGGAGUAUAAAUCCUUUGAUUCCGCACAUGGCCUUUGUGGGCUACAUUGAAAGCGUAUCGAACCUGCACACAGCAGAGCUGAGGUGCAAGUGGCUGGCAAGGUUGGUUGAAGGGAGAUUCAAGCUUCCAAGUGUGGAGCAAAUGUUCAGACAGGUACAUCAGGAGACGGAGAUAAUGAGGAAGACGACGAGGUUCUAUCGACGCCAUUGUAUCUCCACCUUCAGUAUCAACCACAGCGAUGAAAUAUGCGAGGAGAUGGGGUGGAAUUCAUGGAGGAAGAACAGUUGGUUUGCUGAGGUUUUCAGCCCUUAUGGCAAUGAAGACUAUAAGAAAGACGAGGGGGAUCAUGAUGAAUGAUCAUGUUCAAAGAUCUGUCGGUGCUGUUUUAUUGAUUAAUGUGGAUUGAUGAAUUAUUAUAUGUAGGGAGAUGCAUUUUAUGAAAUAAUUGAUGAUAAUUAUUUAAAUAUAUGAUGUUAUAUGAAGAAGGAUUGUAAGGUUGAAUAAUUUGAGCGUUCGAAGGUUCACAUUUAA